AUGUUGGAUGUUGGAAAUCCUGGUGGUGGCUGUUGUGGCGGUGAUGUUGACCUGAGGGCUUGUGCAGUAGGGUAUCGUUCAAAGGAAAAAGGUCUUGAUGGAGAUUCCUUUUCAGAAUUGUUUUGUUACGUACAGAUCCAGAUCGGUGUAACAACGGAGCCCGGAGCUGGAAAUACUGCCAACGAAACAACAGAUGGAGGAACUACAUUUGGAAAAUUAAAGCAAACUAUCUCAUCAUCUUUAUUAACCGCGCAAGAUAAAGUAACAAAAAUGGCACCUCGACCUUCCCUGAUUCCCGAUGUCCACGAAAUAACCCCACCAAACGAAGACAAACCUUCGAUAGAAGCCCAACCAGCCCCACCGACCCCUGCAUUAGCCAACAAAACAGAGCCUGGAAAACCACCCAGUCGAGCGGGUGCUUGUCGUGUAUGCCUAAAAGCCUUUAAGCAGGACGAUUUCAGUAGAACUUGCGCGGAAUGUACGCAAAGGGUUUGUGAGGAUUGCGCAAGUUAUAGCAAGUUAAAGGAGAAUGAGGACCCAGAUGAUUGGACUUGUAGUGUUUGUAGAAGGAAACUCCAAUCGAAAGCGGCCAUCAUAGCACAAGACUCGAACGAGAGUUUAUUAGAAAUUCCUCUACAAGAGCUGCAGCGUCGGCAUUCAGAGGCCAGGUUAGGAUCCGGCAGCGGUGGUGGGGGAAUGGGGGGCCUCAGCGUCGGGGGCUUGGGGAGCGGGCUGGCGCCCCCACGGAGUCCAGAGCUACGGAGGCAUUCGGACGUGUCUCCGGCUUCGCUCAAAGAGCUUGAAAAAAUUGGUGAAGAUGGAUUAUAUUUUGUUACUAAAAAUCAAAUUUCAACUACCAGAACCCAGAAACUAGAACUUAAAGGUACAGGUGCUAAAACUCCCGAUCCAGACUGGACUAGAAACCGAUCCGGUCGAAGUGCUGCCUGCAGUCGACAAAACAGCCCACCCAGAGAAAUUCCCGCAGUAGGACCAGUAGCACCCCGUUCUAGAAGGGCCUCGAGAGUAGCUAGACAACACAGUUAUGAUGACGAGGUAAAAAACUCAAUAGCACCAGGCGUAACCGCUGAUAACGGCCUUGCUCUACCAGCGCCUAUGCCCAGAAGGGCUUCUGCCUACGACGUAUUCUCAGUACCUGGCUUAAGUACAGUAACUACAGCUCCAACGGCUGGAAUGACCAGAAGAGCUUCAUUCAGGAUUGCCCCUCCACAAGACCCAGGAAGUCCACCUAGCCCGGAUGGACCUCCAGCUUGUCUAAUCGCUCCUGAAGAAGACCGAAGGACCGCAAGACGAGGAUCACGUCUACCUGAUAUCGCUGGCCUCCGCCCUAUGGCACCCAGACCAACGCCAGCCUUGGAAGACCUAGAAGCAGCUCCUAGGAGACAGCAAUCGGUGGACGCGGAAGCAAUACGAAUAGUCAUUCAUGACGUCGACUCCGGAACAUCGGCUGCAGCUCAAAAAAGGGUAGUCUUAAGAAGAGAUCCAUCAGAUAAAGCACAUAGAAAUUCGCCAAAACCUGUAAAAGAUAUAAGUACCAGUUCUCUGAAUUAUUUUAACUUAGCAGUAGUACUGCGCCCUUGGAUGCAUUCAUAUAACAACUCACCAUUCUACUAUUAUUAUCUAAUAUAA